AUGAGUACACUCAAGUUUGCCGAAGGAUAUGUCAAGCCAAGACAAGUGAGGCAGCUGUCGAACAGCGCCAGGAAGAGAGCCAGCAUCCGGGCAUUGGGUUCCAUCACAUACCUGCAAAAGUACUAUGCCUCUGGCGGGGCCAUUAGCGAGGGAGUAUUGAACUUUGACUUUGCCAAGAUGAGUUUUGUCGAUUCGAUCGGGCCCCGCGCAGGAUUGAUGGCACCUAGUCCAGAAGUCCUGCUGAGGAACUGCCACGAAGACAUCCAACAGGUCCUGGAGAUCUGGGGCAUCAUCAGCUACCCUUCGCCUUCAGCACAUUCCGGAAACGGACGACAGUACCACGACGAGUCACCAUUGGACUCGCCCAUCUCGGUCGACGAGAACGAGAUGUCGCACCAACUGGGAUACGGCAAAGAAUUCUCGAACAGUUCGCUCAACACACAGCAACAACACCGGUACGAUAACGUCUCUGUCGACAUGCUAGCGCUGCUAGAGUCCUCGACCAAAGCCAUCUCGUCCAUUAGGACCUACUCCAUGCAUGCCCCUGUCCUCUCGGCCUCGGCUUUGAUCAUCCAUCGUCAGGCGGCCCUGUCUGUUAUCGAGAUGUUGUCGCUUAUGGAGCAGUAUAACCGGGUAUUGGACUCUGAGAAUGAGAUGGACCACCCGGAGGACUAUUGCUAUGCGCGACUCAGUUUCGGAGACCUGGAGGCUGAACGGGCAGAGAUGAAGGAGUAUCUUGCCAUUGUCCAGGAGCAUCUCUUCAAGCCUCAGGUCGAGAAGAUUGAGACCCAGUUGGAGCAAUUGCUGAUCUCAAGUGGUACCGGCAACGAUGGCUCUGAGGCUGCUACCCAGGCUUUGCCCAAGUGGAUUAAUGAUGACGAGUGGACGACUGAGGAAGGGGAGCAGAUCUCCUUGGACCGCUGCCAUGCAUUCCUCGAGUUCUUCAAGCCUGCAACUCGCGACUCGCUCCCUUCUCCAUCCACCGACAAGACCGCCUUCUUGAAGGCCCUUAGCGACGGCUAUGUGGUGUGCAUGGUGUUCAAUGCAUUCAUCCGUCUUACCAACAUGCCCUUUGGAGUCGUCGACAAGGCCCACGAAGACACCACACGCACCUGGCGUGGCGCCGACAACUGGCGCUUCUUGAUCCAGGCAUGCAAGUUCCGGUUGGAAUUCAAGAUCGACCAAGGAUCCUUCAACCCUAUCGAUAUUGUCAAGCAGACCGCCCUGGGUCGCCAUCAACUCGAGACCUGGGUCAAGCUCAUCGUCAUGCGUGGGAUCCAUGAGGCCAAAGAGACCCUUGAGGCCAAGAAGGCUGAGUCCCCUGUACUUGCUCCUACCUUCUUCCCUUUUGAUUUUUGA